UACAAAUAUUGAUAUUACUUUAUUAGAUAAGUAAUUGUAAUUUGUAAGUAUUUAUGUUUUCUGGCAGUAUAAUAUAAAGAUUUUAAUAAAAUGGACAUCUAAUAUUAUAUAAUAAAAUAUUAUUAAAUAACAUUAAUUAAACCAUUUUUGUAUUGACACGAUUUUAAGAGGAACAUAUUGCACACGUUUUUAUUGUCGUCUUUAAUUUGUAUUGUUUUUAAAUUACAUAUUGAUCAAACUGUUUUAUUGACAAGAUUUACUGAAGACCGAUGAAUCAUGUUACCUCCACAUAAUGGUGAAAUUAUGCAUCUUAAUGUUGGUGGUACAAGGUAAAUAACAAAAACUUUAAUUAACAAUUAACAAAUUGCAUGCAUGAUUUAUAAUUUGACCAUCAUAUUUUUUUAUUUCUUUGUAAAACAUUAUUGAUUGUGCUAAAAUUUAAACCUAAUUAAAGUUUAUUUUAAUGAGUAAAUAGUACUUUGUAGCUAAUCUUAGUUUAUUUAUGCAUUUCAAAUUUUGUAGUAUAUAUCAUUGUAGUUAUUUGUAUAGUUUGAAUGUAAGCAUUUGCCCAAUCUUAAUUUUUAAAAAUACUAAUUUUGGGCCACCAUUUACCAAAAUUGUAACAUAUGUGAAAUGUAGUUUAAACCAAAUGAUAAUGCAAUUUAUUCAUCUAUUCAGCUGGAUGGAUAAUUCUAUUAAUUUAUCUUGUAGAGCUCUUUUUUAUUAUUAUAAUUAAGUUUAUAUAGUUUAUUAGUGAAAACCAGAAAGCAAUUUUAAAAAGUACAAUUUUCAUUUAUAAAAUAUUAUAAGAAUAUAAAAUAUAUUUUCAUAUGACUUUGGAGGAAUGAGACAAUAGAUUAGCUGAACAAGAUGCCUAAUGAAGUGGUGACGUAAUUAGCAAGGUUGAGAGCUUUAAAUGCCUUGGUUCUUUUGUACAAAAGAAUAAUGGCUUUGGUGAGGAUGUUAAUAAUAGGAUUGAGCGUGGUUGAAUAAAGUGAAGGUGUUUCAUGCGACUAGAGGAUUCCAAUUAGACUUAAAAGUAAGUUCUACAAGAGUGUAGUGAGACCAGCUAUGUUUAUGUGUGUCAGAGUGUUGGGCGGUAGACAAAAAAAUAGAAUAGAGAAUGAGUGUAUGAAAGAUGAUAUUGCUUAGGUGGAUGAGUGGAGUGACUAGAUAUGAUAGAAUAAGGAAUUAAUACAUAAUGAAUAGCUAUGUAUGGCUUCAAUAGUGGUCAAAAUUAUAGAAAAUAGACUGAGCUGGUCUGGGCAUGUUAUGAGGAGAGACGAAUCAGAAGCAGUAAUAACUGUAAUGAAACUAGAUAUAGAAAGAAGAAGAUGAGAGGAAGACUGAAAGGGAAGUGGUUGGAUGUGGUUGAGAAUAAUCAGAGGGCUGAUGGUGGUGGAGGAUUGGGUCUAAUGGAAGUUUAGGGCAAGGGUGACUGACCCCAAAUAGUUAGAUUGGGAUAAAAGUUAAGGAUAAUAAGACAAUUUUCAUAUUUGAAUCCGAAAAUUGUUUUUUUAUUAUUUUUAGUUUUAGUAACCUAUUUGUAUUCCUAUUGUUUUUAAAAGAAUCUGUAUAAUUUUUUAAUAUUAUAUUUAUUCCCAGGUUUUCAACAUCGCGGCAAACAUUGACUUGGGUGCCAGAUUCGUUCUUCACUGCUUUAUUAAGUGGCCGUAUUUCUAGUCUUAGGGAUGAUACAGGUGCUAUAUUUAUAGAUCGUGAUCCAAAAGUUUUUGCCAUAAUUUUAAAUUAUCUACGAACACAUGACAUUGAUUUGUCUGGUACUGAUAUCAGAACAUUACGUCAUGAAGCUGAAUUUUAUGGUAUCAUGCCUCUAGUCAAAAGACUCAUUCUAUGUGAAGAUCUUGAACAAUCGUCAUGUGGAGACAUUUUAUUUUAUAGCUUGUUGCCUGCUCCAAGUAAUACUCAUUUUAUUUUUAAAUACAUUCAAAUAUCUAAAUUAUAUUUUGUUCAGAUAUUCUGUAUCUAAAUUGUAUAUUUUUUUAAACAUUUUAGUCAUUUAAUUUUUUUUUAAUUUGUAUAGUUUAAUUUUUUGUUGAAAAUGAUUUUGUAGAUCCUCCUAUGCAAGAGUCUGAAAUAGUUAGUAAUACUGCUAAAGUAGAUGAUCAAACAAGACCUGGUUCAAUUGUUCGAGUUCCUGAACCAGCACCACCACCAAAUUCUCCUUCAUCUAUACCUCAUACACAUGGUUAUCAAAGGUUUAUAUAUAUUUAGUUGUUUUCAAACUAAAAAUUAAAAUAAAAAGUUAAGAUUUUUCUAAUUGUGCAUUUUUUUAGUCGUUGUCAUUCUCGUAAUUCUUCUUUGGACAUUUCUCGUGUCACUGUAAAUGGUCGUGGGUCAGUUAUUAAUGGUCGUGGUAACGGUAGUAGUGGACAUUCCAGAGCUGCAUCACUUGGUAGUCACGUACCUAAUCAUCAUUCCAGAAAUUCAUCUGCUGAUCUUAAUAAGUAUAUUAGGAAUGAUGCGUUAAAUUUAGUUUUUGGUUACAAUCAAGGUUCUAACUGGGCUGAUCCAUUACGUGUCCAAAUUAUUAAAGCUCAUCAUAAUUGGAUUGUAGUUGCAUAUGCUCAUUUUAUUGUUUGCUAUAGGUAAAUCUAAAUUUAUAUUUAUUUUUUAUUGGCUAAAUUUUUAAUAUUGUUUUGUGUUUUACAUUAUUUAUAUUUAAUAACAAUCUUUUUUUUAUAAAGAAGAACCUACAUUAUGCAAUUAAAAUUUAUAGUUUUAUGAUAUUAAAGGUUGAAAGAUUCUAGUGGUUGGCAACAAGUUUUCACAUCACCACAUAUAGAAAACUGUAUAGAGCGAAUAGCGAUUAAUGCUAAAAUAAACAGCCAAAAUGGGAAUUCCGAUGGCUCUUCUGUCAUGGUUGCUAUAUCAUACGGAAGUCAAGUACGCCUUUGGGGUGUAUCAGAACAAGGAUCUCGGACCAACAUAGGUAAUACUAUUGAUUAUAGAAUUCUAUUCUGUAACCAAUGGUAAUACUUAUUUAAUUACAUUAUUUUUUUAAACAUGUGUGGAGUUCCAUUCCCAAUUGAGUGGCCCUGACCUUAAUCUAAGAAUCUUAUACUAAGUCUUAUAGAUGUGGUUGCACCAACACUGAUAGCAUUAUAAAAUAAAAUCAUGUUAUUGUUAUAACCACGAUGAUUGAUCGUGUAACAAAUUUGAAAGUGUCUUAUAUGUCGUUUCCUUAUGCUAUUCCAAAAUGUAAUACAUAAUUUUGAACUAUUAAAACUUGAUCAUUUAAAAACAUGCCUAUAAUAUUUUACAACGCUUACAUUGUUUAUAUGAACGCCACACUACUGUACUUCCGAUGUGGGCGAAAAUAUCUAUUAUUUUUUUUAAAUUCUGUAUUUAAAAAACAACGCGUAAAUUCAACACUUGUAGCGGAAUAUACGUAAUGCUCGUUCAUUAAACAAAACGUGACUAAUUUUAAAGUUGAAAAUAUUUAAUUUUAAAAAAAAAUGUUGUCUAGGUACAUUUAAUUUUAAAAAAAAAUGUUGUCUAGGUACAUUUAAUUUAAAUGUUCGUGUAGAACAUUUAUUUUUCAUUGGCAGUCAACUCGUUGCUUUAUCGCCUACUGGUAAAAUAGGCGUUUGGCACGCAAUGACUCAACAUUGGCAGACUCAAGAUGUUGUACCAAUUGCAUCAUUUGAUACAGCUGGUUCAUUUUUGCUUCUUGGUUGUAAUAAUGGAUCAAUAUAUUACAUUGGUAUGAAUUAACUAUAUAAAAUAUAUAAUUAUUACUACAUUAUAAUUAUAUUUCUAUCAUAAGUAUAAAUAAUAAAUUAUCUUCAUAUAUUUUAGACAUGCAAAAAUUUCCAUUGCGAAUGAAAGACAAUGAUUUACUAGUAACAGAGCUCUAUAAAGAUCCUUCCAAUGAUCCAAUUACAGCUAUUUCUGUUUACUUAACUCCUAAAACAAGUAAGAUUUCAAAACAAUAUAAAUUUAAUAAUGACAUUAUAUAAGUUCAGAAAAAUAUAAAGAAUUGUUAAUAAUUUGCCCAUGAGUGUUGAUAUUUACUACUUUUUUUUUUAUCAGAAAUAGAGUAGCAUAUAAUAAAGAAUUAAUUCAACAACAAUAACAAUAAAUUGAAUAUUAACACAUUUUAUCAAUUUUAAGAUUUAGGGUUUUAUCAAAUGGGUCUUUUGUUUAUUGAUUCGAAAAUUUUUUAAAUCUCUGUAUCAUUCUUUAGAUUAAAGUUUCCCAACUAGUGUGCUGUGAGGUAUCCAUAAGUGUGUUACAAAAUGUCAUGACUAGGGUUCAGGACUUAUAACACUUAUAUCAUCAAAAUAAGCAAAAAAAUAAAAAAACUAUGAAUACAAUUUAUUUUUAUAUUGUCAUGUUUUUGAGAACUUUGUAACUUCUAAUAGAUUUUUUUGAAAAUAUUUUUUUUUAAUCGAUUCUGAAUGGAGCUCAGUUAAUAUUAUUUCUUUUUCAACAACGUGCAUUUUCAUGACAACAAUGUUUUAAAAAAAAUUGAAAAAUCAAAAUAAUAAUAACUUAUAACUUAAUAAUAACAAAUAAUAAUUAAAAACGGUUGCCAAUGACUUUAUUUUUAAUUUUUUUUAACCUUUACUUGAUUUAAAGUCAAUUUAUUAUUAUUUGUAGUGUUUUUUUUGAAAUGGCAGUUCAAAGGAAUUAUAUAAUAAUUGUUUUUUAAUUAACAAAUAUAAAUUAAGUGAGGAAUUAUCUGGCCCGAAUAUAAGUGCUCAUAGUGUUGAUGUUAAGGAAUUGCCUGGUUCGAGUUCAAAUCCUCUUAGUGUUAAGGUUAGUGUGAAAAAAAAUAUUGACGUGAUCAAAAAUAGUUUUCAACAGUAUCAUGAAAUAGCUACUUAUCAUUUGAUUUCACAUUGACUGGUGAAGAAAUACUCAUAUCUCUAUGACCUAUUUGUAGUAAAAAACUUUCCAAUAAAUCUAUGGUACCAAAUAAGUUGAAAAUACAUCUACUAUCAAAACAUGGUUUUCCGACUGAAGAGCUGCUUGAUUAUUUCAAAAAGUUAGCCUCAAAUCAAAACAGUUAGGCUUCAAAUUGUAUAAAACAAUCAAUUGUAUCAAAUGAAGCACAAUGUGCUUACUAUACUGUAAUUGAACUGAUAGAAAAAAAAAAUAAAUUGUGUACGUUAGUUGAAUUAACCAUUUUACCAGCUUGCUAUGAAAUCAUUAAAAUUGUAUUUAUUUUUAUAAUUUAAUCAUAAUAUAUCUGUUUUUUCAUAUCAAUAAAUUUAAUAUUUGUAAUAGAUUAAAAUAUUAUCAUUCAUGAGUUUUCUUAGCCUAAAUAAACACACCAUUUUUCUAGUUAUUCACUAAUAAUUUACUGAUAUACAAUUAUUAUGGUAUUUAUGUGAUAAAUGCCUAAUAUUAAAGAAAAGUAUAUUUAUUUUAUUAUAACUAUACGGUCUGGACUUUUUAGUACAAUAUAUAUAAGUCAGUGUGCCUCGGUUAAAUACAUGUUGAGAUUAUUGUGCCAUGAAGGCAAAAAGGUUAGGAAAUAUUCCUUUAGACAAUAUAGGAAUGCAAUAGUUGCAUUUUUUUUAUAUUUAAUUUUAAAUUAUGUUUUAGGAAUUUUUGAGAACUAGAAAAUAUCCUUUGGGCGAAAAUUCAUUAUUUUAUCUGUUUUUUCUUUCUAUAUCUUAGUAGUGUGUCUAUUAUUCUUUCUAAUAAUUUAUAUGUUUAUACAUUUUAUUUAAGAUACUGUGAAUCUUUAAUCUCUGGUUGGUAUUAAAUUAGAAUGUGUUACAUUUAAAAGUUCCAAUAUAUUGCCAAUAUUCUUUUGAAAAAAUUUGAUUUAUAUUAUGCUUAGUCUUUUAGUUAAUAAGUUUCUAUGAAAAUUGUUUUUGAGUUUCUAUAAAAUAAUGAAAGUGUUUUUUUUAAAUUAUAAAACUAAAAAAAACGUUUGACCUUUUAUUAUUCUUUUUAAAUAUACAGGAUUGUUUGUUAAAUUUAAUUUUUGUGGAAAUAUUUAAAAUUACAGAGUGACUAAUAAUAUCAUAGUUAUAAUAAACCCAUAAUUUAUAUCUAUAUAAAAAAAAAAUAUGUUUGAUUAAAAUACUAUUGCUGAAAGUUAUUAUAUAUUAAAUUCCAAAACAAAUACACAUUUUUGUUGUAAAAAAAAAAAUAUAACAAUAAUUUGAAAAUAAUGUUCAUAUAUGUUCAAGUUGUUAAAAAAAUAAAGAUUCGUUUACAUUCAUAAUUUAUGAGUUAAAAGAUAUUACUUAUAUACAUUGAGAAUAAAUUGUAGGAAUGCUAUUAUUUUUAUUAUUUAUAACAAGUGACUAAAACAGUUUUGAUAUUUAUAUAAACUAGUAUUUUUUUUGUCUAUUUUAAUCUAAAUAAUAUAACAAUUAAAUGCUUGAGUUUUAUUUGAAACAAGAUUUUUUUAUAUUUCUACAACUUAAUAUCUAUAUUAAAUCUACUGUUAAUAUUUUUCCUUUUAUUUAACUCAAGGAUAUGAAUUUAAUUGUGCUUUAAUUUUUGACAUAUCAUUAUCAGUAUUAAUGUCUGCACUAUUAAUUUUUUCACCAGCAUAAUUUGUUGCUUCAUUCAUUUUAUUGCUAGCCAAAUAUUCUGAGCUUUUCAUUGAUUGACCAGUUUGAUAGGCUGCAUUAUUUAAUGAAUCAGGCAUAUCAUUUUUUAUUGUGGCAGAAGUUGAAGACAUAGAACUUUUUACUGUUUCAGAAGUUAAAGAUGCCUUGUUUUUUAAUGAAUCUUCAGCUGGGGCCACUGGAUUAGGUGUACCAUAGAAUUCAUCUAUAUUUUUUAAAACAAAAAUGUUAGCACACAACAAGUCAGACAUAAUUUAGACUAUGUCUAGACCACUCUUGUAGGUGAGAAGUUUUGAAUUUGUAUUAUAUAGUACCCUAUAUCUGAUAUUUAUAUACUGAAAACAAUAAUAAAUCAUUGCAAUUAAAAAUUAAUACUAAGAUGAACUUGGUAAACAGAUAAGGUUACAGUAUUAGUCUAGUUUUUUUUAAAAAUUUAAAAAUAAUAUAUAUAAUUAUACUAUAUUAAUGUACACAAUUACUGUGAAUAUUGGAUACCUAUAGCUAAUAAUGGAUAAUCAUGAUACCUAAUAAUAUGUUUGGAAAUCUUAGCUUAAGCAAUGUUAUAUAUUUAUUAUCUAGGAAGCAGGUUUGAGUACCAAUUUAUGUAGUAUAAAGCAGCGGUUCUUAACCUUUUGUAGAUCACGGACCCCUGUUGAAAGAUUUUUAGAAAUCGUGUACCCCUUACCAAUAUUUUUACUAAUACCUUUUUUUUUGUUUUUACGAAGCUUCACGUUAUCAUAACCAAAAUUAUAAUAUUCAAAUGACGCGCGCCAUGCCAUGUCACUACACAAGCAACACUUUUCUCCUGCUUAAACUAAAAAGUUGACUAUCUCGUCAACGGUUUAAUGGAAAUCAAAAAUUUCAACACCAAAAUUUAUUUAAAAUAUUACUCCGUUAAUUAAUAGAAUUUUUAAUUUAGGUUUGAAUUUCAAAAAUUAAUACCUAAUAAAAAAAAUGUACAAAUUAUUUCAGGUGUUUAUAAUUAAAGAAACUUUUGUAUUAAACAUUGUUCUCUAUUUUGAAUGUUUACAAGAGAAAAUUGUUGUAACAUAAAAUUCUGAUCGCCCUGUAUAUUAUGUAUAACACAAAAAUAAUAAUAACAUUUCAACAAUAUUUUAAUAACGCACUCGUGUCACAUAUUGAUUUAUGUGUUAAGGCUGCUGCGGACCCCCAACUUGAGUAUCGUGGAUCCCCAGAGGGCCGCGGACCAUAGGUAAAGAACCGCUGCUAUAAAGUAUAAAAUAAUAAAACAAUUUCUACCACUAUUUAUAAAAUAAUAUUAUUAGUGUGAUAUUAGUAACAUAUUUUUAAUGUAUUUUUUUGAUAUUAUUUAAAUUGUUGCUGUAAUUAUUCUUUCUAAUAAAGUAAAUAAACUUUUGAAGAUUUGAAAACUAAUUUUUGUUUAAUGACCAUUUCUAAAAAUGACACAGAUAUUAAAGAUAAUUAAUGUCAAUAAGAAAAAUGGACAAUAAUAGAAUAUGCAAUGCACUCCUUAAGCCUUUGUAUUUUCUAUGAGAGAAAAGCUGAUGAAAUUUGUCAUUGUCAAAUUUUCUCAGAAAAUAGAAUCUUCCACUGUAUUGUGUCUGUUAUGUACACUUUUAUAUAUUUUUCCAGUUGCUUUUAGGCACUUUUAACGGGUCCUUCUGGACCAAAUGAGCUCAAACUUUGGAAUUAGAAUUGUUUUAUUUUUUUUUUUAGCUUUGUAUACUCUCUCAGAUUGCCCAAAUGUAGGGAAUGUGCUUUUUGGAGGUUUCAACUUUCAACCGCCUUUUCAUCCAUUUUUAAAUUCAAAUCUCAUGUAAUAAAAUGUAUAUACAAAUUUAAUGUGACUCUAGCAAACAUUACUAUUUUAAAUCAAUUAUACAAAUUGUAAAGGCAACAAAUCGGUUAGAGAAAAAUUUGAUUCUUCUGACAUAUCUGCUUAUCAUAAAUAUUUUUUUUACUGCUAUUAAAAAAUAUUUUUUGAAUUUAGUAAACUGUUGUUUAAAAACUAAUAUCAAACGAUCUGAAAUAAUUAAGAAAUAUCUAAUCUUUAUAUUUUUUUGUUACACUAUUGUUUUUCUAAAAUACAUGUUUUACAUUUAAAUAUUUACUAUAGUUAUUAUCUAAAAUCCAAAUCUAUAAGUAAAAUUUCAGUGUAAAUACAUACCCUUUAUCCAGGAUAAUCCGUUCAUUGCUGAAUUAUACAUUGAACUUCCUAGGUUUUCAGCAUAACCAACAGUAGUCUUCGUAUCUUCUUGAGUAGUUAUCUGUGUUUGUUCUAAACUCUGUGAUACAACUUGUGACUUUACUAUCUAUUGAACAAAUUUAAUAAUUUAUAAUUUUACUAUAAAAGGUCAAAUCUUAUUUUAAAAAAAAAAUUGAUUAAGUGAACAAUUCCUUAUUGUAAAUAAAUUAUUAUAAAAUAUAAUAUCUUACUUGCAAAGUAGCUCCACUUAACAAUAUAAAUAUUAAAGUCAACUUCAUGAUUAAUAUCGAAAGAUCACUAUUGUCACUUAACUCAACCACUAUUUAAUCUUCAAUGAAUCUGAAGGCCUGUUGAUAAUUUCAUUAUAUAUAUGUAUAACAUUUAAUGUAUUUUUAAUAUUCACCAACACGAAAUCUCUAAACAUCUAAUUACUUAUUAUUCUGUUUGCAAGAAAACAUAAUUUAAAUAGGUACCCUUAAUGUAUACCUCCUGCCCAUAAGUGUACUUAAUUUUAAAAUCACCUGUCAACUGAUUUUACCAUCACUAUGUAAUAGUGUAAACAUUGACACUUUAGGUAUAAAAAAAACAUCAUUUUUAAACUUUAAAAUUAAAUACAAUAUUAUUUUUAUAAAAAAUUCUGUAUAAAAUGGUAUAAUAUCCAAAAAUUUAAUCAAUCAUUUUAAUCCCAUAUUAAUUAUAAUGAAAAUAAUUCAAUUUCCUAUUAACCUAACCUAUUUUAAAUCUAUUAACUUAUUUUUAGAUUUUAAAAAAAUGUUGACUUCUUUGUUAUAUGAUAAUAAUUGAAAAAUAAAAAUAGAUCCAUUCUUUUUAUUCUGAAAUUUUAUAUAAAACUAUAACUUUUAUAAAAAUUUUACUUUUUCAUGCAAAUAUUUUUAAGAUAAAUAUUAAAUAUAUUUUAUAGGUAGGUUGCUAAUGAAUUAAGAACUAAUAGAAUACAGUUGAACUCAUUUUUAGUGGUCACUUAACUUAUUUUUAACUCACAUUUAAAUUUGUGCCUCGCUUAGCUAGUUUUUAAACUAAUAAAAAUAUUGAUAUACAAAUCUGGGGACUAAUUAUAACAGACCUUAUACAGUUUUAAUAAUAUUUAAAUUUAAAUAAAAUAUUAUAUUUAAAAAGAUAAUUUCAAAAAUGUUCAAUGUACCGAAUUAUAAUUUUAUACAUUUUAAAAACAUAUUAAUUUUUGAUUCAAAUUCAAAUCAUUCAAUUUACAAAAUAAAAAGUUGUGUUGACAGAUAAAAUGUUAUGUUUUGGCGUUUAUAUUGUUAUAGGUGUCAGUGGAAAUUGGAUAGAAAUAGCGUAUGGCACCACUUCAGGUACUGUACGUGUGAUUGUACAACAUCCUGAAACUGUAGGACAUGGUCCUCAAUUGUUUCAGACAUUCACUGUACAUCAGAGUUCCGUAACCAAGGUAUAACCAAUAUACUACAGAUAUUUUAACCACACAUUUUGUUACUGUCAUAUUGUGUAUAGGUAACACUUUCGGAAAAAUUUCUUGUAUCUGUGUGCAGUGAAUACAACCAUGUAAGGACGUGGAGCGUUACUAGGUUCAGAGGCAUGAUUUCCACGCAACCUGGUUCUACUCCAGUUGCUUCUUUUAAGAUAUUGUCCCUCGAGGAAGUAGAACCUUGCAUUAGCUACUGCGCUGGAAAUGACUGUGGUUAAUAUAAUUUAAUAUGAUUUUGUUUUAAUAAAAACAUAAUAUUUUGACUUAUCAUUUAAAUUUCUAUGUUUAUAUGUAUUUUUGUGUCUUAAUUUAACUUGUUAUAGGACCAUAUGGGGAACAGGAUGACGAGCAAGUAUUUGUUCAAAAAGUUAUGCCAGAAACUUCUGAACUUUUUGUUCGUCUUGCAUCCAAUGGCAAAAGGUAAAAUAAUUAUAUUGUAACUAUUUAAGCAGAUUUUUUAUAGCCUGGACACAUCCAAUUGGUUUUAGAUUCUAAACACUUUUAUUUAUAAUAUAUAUAGUGAUUAUUUUGUGUCUUAUAUUUUUGGUUCUACGAUACGUCUUCAUUCUGUUAUUCAUAAAUGUUAUUCCAUUAUAAUUUCUAAAUUCUUGUAUAACUUAGUUCCUUUUAAAUAUUAUUUAGGUAUUACAAAACUUCCUCCAGUUGUCUGGCAUUUUCUUUUCUACUAACACGUUAUUGAAAAAUCUUUUAAUCAGCCUAUGUCUAGUUCUUCUAAUAUUUUUUACUCUUCCACUGGUACUCCAUCUGAAUCUAUUGCGUUUUCCUUUUUCAUUACUGUUAACCUAUCACAUCCUUCUUCUUAACUUAACCUACCAGAUCUCAGUUCCAAGAAACACUGACUAACAUCUCUCUUGGAUAUUGCUUAUUUAGUAAUUUCUCAAAAUACUCCGAUCUUUGUAUACAUUCUCAUGAUUCAUUAAUACUCUAUUGUUUUCAUUUUUUAUACAAAAUACAUUUUGAAAAUCCCUGGACUGUUUUUCACUCACCUUGGCCAAUCAAUAAACUUUUUUUUCAUCUUUAUUUGCUUCUAGUUUCUCAUACAAUUCAUCACAUUUCUUUAACGUUCCCUUUACUUACCACCUUAUUAGCUUUCUUGCACAAUAUUUUGUACUCUACUAAAUCAAAUUUCUUCUUAUUCUGCUGCAAUAGCUUAAAUUUUUUUUUCUUACUAGCUAUAAUCCUAUUAACCAAGUUUCCUUGUUUUCUAGCUCAGUGGUUCUUAAUCUUUUUUAUUUGACAACACCCUAAUAUUUAGAUCCAUAAAAAUAACGACACUCUUAAAACAAUUAAUGAAAUUAAAAUGACACACACAACUCUCACAACAUUGUGAUUACAACUAAGAACAUGCUUAUUUACGUACAAAUAAACAACUUUUUUGGCGUCACACUAGUAGAGAACCACUGCUCUAGCAUACAACCCUUACUCACCCCAAUAAUCUCCUUUUCGGUACUUUUAACAAAAAUGACCACCCUUUCCCUUUAUAUUUCCCUCAACAUUCCAUACAAUCUAUUUUUUAUAAAAAAAAUGUUUUGUCUCCGUUAACUUCCACCACUAAAUCCUCAACUCCUUUUUCCCUCUUUUUUUUAUUUGUUUGUACUUUUCCCACAAUAUCAAAAUUCCAUUACUAUUAUUACCAUUAUUUUAUGUUGUAACACCCUUACUAUGUAUUACUUUAAAAUCCUAUAUCUGCUUAAUACUUUCUUUCUUUCACAUAAAAUAAUCAAUUUGUGAUGUAUUCCUUCCUCUCUUAAAAGUUUUAUAAUAUUCUUUCUUCUCCCUAAAAUACUUAAUAAUAACUACAUAUAUGCUAACACAAAAUCUAGAACUCUUUCCCCAGCUUCAUUUAUCCCCCUGAAAUCAUAUCUUAUUCAUUCAUAUUACCACUAAACACAGCAUCCCAUUUCCUGGCCUUGCCUCAUCCAUCUCUCAUUUUCAUUUGUGAAGUAUAUGCACUUACUACAUUUCCUCCACUUCUACCAGUUAACGUUUCAACAUUCCAUGUACCUAUUCUUACCUUACACCUAUCUCUCACACCCAGGUGUGGGUUCAGCUUACUAAGGUGCAGCAAUCAAGCAAGGUCUCUACACCAUUGACACUACAAGGUUAGAUAAAUUGUGAAGCAGCUACUUGCUGUCCGGCUGAUAUCAUACGCUUCAUCACCCAGGCUUCCUCCACCUCUAGUUGCAUCAAUUUCUCUCGCAUUUUAUUCUUGCAGGUUACUAUUACUAAUACUUUUUCUAGAUAUUUGUUAGUUUUUUAAGUAUAUUAAACUACAAUUGUCAAAAUUAAGAAUUAAUUAUCUGCAAAGUAAUCAGAAAAAUUUUGUUUGUAAACUAUUUUUUAAAUAAUAUGACAAUUGAGCAUAUUAUCCAAAGUAUAUUUUAAUUUGAUUUUCUGCAGAGUAUGUUUGAUACGGGCUGUGGACUGCACAAUAAUCACGUGCUUUUGUGUUCACGAAUGUGAGGGUUCUAGUCGUAUGGGUUCACGUCCUCGUCGGUUCAUUUUAACCGGACACUGUAAUGGUGCCAUUCAAAUGUGGGACUUGACUACCGCUUUGGACUUGGCCAACAAAUGCUUACGUAAGUAUUUUCAAUAAUGAUGUGAAUUAUUAUGCUAGUAUAAAUUUUUUAGGUAAUACAUUCAAUUUUGUAUAAUAUUCUUUUAUAAUAAUUAAAAAUGUUACAAAAAAAAAAAAAUUAACCUACAUUUAAUUAUAAAAAUAAAGACACUAUUUAUUUUUCACUUUAUUUUAUGCUCAAUAACUAUUUCUUGUUAUUUUAAAAUAGUUUUUAUUCAAAAAUAUAUUUUGACAAAUUUGCAUGACUGGAAAUACAACUUAUAAAAAUAUAUUAAAAAUAUGCAUUAUAAAUUAAAAAAAAGUUUAAAAUUAGUGUUAUAGUAAUAAUAAUUUUAAUAGAUAAAUGGGUACUGGUUUGUUUUCGCUCCGCGAUCCAUAUAACAAUAAAUACAUCGUAUAAAUAUAAAAUAAUUCGACGGAAAAUAACUGGCAUUGCUAUUAGGUGCCAACCAUAGGUGUUUAUCACAAAUAAUCAAUAAUUUAAUAAUACAAUAAACCGAUCUAAAAAAAAAAUUAGUUUAUUUAUUGAUAGUUAUAAUCUAAUAAUUCGAUGAUAAAUUAAUAUAAUAUUAAAAAAAAAUUAAAAUUAAAAAUGUAUAAAAAUGUUUAUGCUUUUCGUAAUUCCCAUGAUAUUAUAUCAAUAUAUAUCGUCGAAUUAUUAGAUUAAUAAAUAUCAAUAAAUAAACUCAUUAUUUUAUUAUUUUAUUAUAUUAUUGAUUAUUUGUGAUAAACAUCUAUCUUAGGUACCUAUUCGUAAUGGUACGUAUUUUCCAUCAAAUUAUUUUAUAUUUAUACGAUGGAUUUAUUGCUAUAUGAAUGACGGGCCUAUUAAGGUUUCACUCGACUCGGUGGGGCUAUAACAAACCAAUACCAAUAAAUAAUUUUAUCUGAUAUAUAUAAUAUAAUAUAAAAUAGAAUUUUAACAAAAAAAAAAUCUAUUUCUAAUGAUUAUGAUUGUUCUUAUGAUACAGAAAUUAGUAACCUAUUGAAAACCUUUUUUCUUGUUUAGAACCUAUCCCAAAUGGUGGACCAACGGCCGAAGAACUUUUGCGGUUGCUAGACCAAUGUGAUUUGAGUAAUAGCCACUGUUCCACACCCAGCAUAUCUCCGUUUCCAGGGACAUUGAUCUCUAAGGGAGGGAAUACGGCAAGAUUAAAAGCGUCUAACGUGGCCUUCCUCAACCAAUCCCAACAGACAGACUCCUCCACUUCAACUACUUCCUUGUAAAAAAAAAAAAUUGUACUAGAAGAACGAAUUUCGAACAUAUUGUGCAUACAAUUUUUGUUUUUAUUUAAUUUUGUCACUGGAUUGCUGGAUGAACAAUUUUAUCAAUUUUAAUUUUGAAGUGUAUACAACAUAUAAUACAUAAUUUUAGGUUAUGGGAAAUAUAUAUCUAUACGCUUUAUUAAUAUUCUGGAAGCCUGAAUUAUAUUUUUUUUUAUACUAUUUUUAGAAUAAGAAUGCACUUGACGGCGAUCUAAAAUCGAUCCUCAUGCGCGUAUGUCUCUACUAACUAAUUAUUAAUAACCAAUCAUAGAACGUCUGGAUGUAUGGCCUGGUACAUUCUUAUUCUGAAAAGGGUAUAGUUUUAAUGAUAAUGUUGCAUAUGUGAUAUGCCACCAUAAUAAAAAAAAUAGUGUAAAAUAAAUUUAUGUUAUCAAAAAUAUAUUUACUUAAAAACUCUACAUGUUUCAGUUAUUUUCUAUGUGCUCAAAUUUAAAUUUAUUAUACAUUUUUAUUUUGUCCAAUUUUAACAGUAAACAUUAAUUAUAGAUCAUAAGCCUAGAUAAAUUGUGAACUAAUUUUUUAAAAAAUUGCAUAAACAACAUUAUGUAUAUAAUAUGUAUGUGUGUGUAUAAUAAUGGGACCAAUAUGUUAAAAAAUUAUUGUAUACUCAAUUAAAAAUUCUAAAUUUUCAUUACCU